UGAUCAUUUGCGGUUUACUUGUAUGCUCUAGAUUAGUGUUUUUUGUAUGAAUAAUUUGUAUGAGAAAAUUGAUGUUAAACUUUUAUUUUGAAAGAAACUUGUUAUUGUAAAUUUUUUAUCACAAAAACCCACGGGUACUUAUGAACCCGCGGAUACCCAGCGGGUUGGGUUGAAUUUGAGUUUUUCAAACCCAACGAGUUUUACCUCGGAUUUUUUUGGUGGAUAAACUCAUCGGUUUGAAUUUGGAUUUGACAAAACACACCCCAACCCUACCCAUUGCCAUUCCGAGAGGAAAGGGAUCCGAAUGGUUGAAAAUGACCCAUCCAGUGACCAAGCCCACGCCGAGGCCCACUAUUGAAUGGUUUAAAGUUAUUCACGAGUAGCUUUUGCUUUACCACCUACCAAACGUGUGGCCGGCGAGACUUCAAUCAUUAUCCGCCGGUGGGCGUCCGCGUCGGUCAUCCGACAUCGCGGUCCCGCCUGACGUCUGCCCGUACUCCUCCUCAGUCAUCCCAUGGCGCCACAACUGCGUCAUCCCGCGCCCUUCACAGUCGCAGCUUCUAUUGUAGUAUUACUACAAGUAUUGCAUCUGAACGCUCCACACUCAGAACUCUCACCUGACCCUCGGCGAUCGUGCGGGUAAGUGGCAGCGGAGAUUGAACUUCUCUCGAAUUCCAUGAUCUCCGGUUUGAAUUUUGCCGCUCCCAAAACUGGAUAGAUAGUGUUUGUUCGUUUCGUAAUUUGAAUUCUCAGUUGUUGGAGGGUUGGUGUGCGUAAUAUGUUUGUUGUAUUUGUGAUUGGAAUUUGAAACUCUGCUCGCGCCAGUUUGUGAUUUUGAUGCAUACUUCAUGAUUCUUAUUUGUUCUCGGCAGUUUGCAACCCCGAUUGUGGCUGGAACUAUGUCGGUUUCGAUGAACUCCAUCGUUGCGAAUGGAGCCAAAGAUGUUGAGAUACUUCCUGCAAAAGAUGAUGUUCAUGGAGGCGUGGUUGUGAAUGUUGUGGAGGCCAUGGAUCCUGCUCUCUUUCAUACCUUGCUUGUGGCUUCCAUGUCACAUUGGAAGAAGCAGGGGAAAAAGGGAGUCUGGAUAAAGCUUCCCAUUGCAGUUACAAAUCUAGUUGAACCUGCUGUCAAGGAAGGAUUUAAGUAUCACCAUGCGGAACCAGAUUAUAUCAUGCUUGUUCACUGGAUACCUGAAACCCCCAGCACCAUCCCUGCCAAUGCGUCGCAUAGAGUUGGUGUUGGUGCCAUUGUCUUCAAUGAUAAAAAGGAGGUACUUGUGGUGCAGGAGAAAAGUGGCGUGUUUAAGGGAACAGGAAUAUGGAAAAUCCCUACUGGAGUUGUUGAUGAGGGUGAGGACAUUUUCACUGCAGCGAUUAGAGAAGUGAAGGAAGAAACUGGGAUUGACACGGAGUUUCUGGAGAUUCUAGCAUUCAGGGAAGCACACAAAGUAUUCUUCAAGAAAUCAGAUUUAUUCUUCAUCUGCAUGCUGCGUCCACUUUCAUCCCAGAUUCAAAAGCAGGAGCUAGAGAUCGAAGAUGCCCAGUGGAUGCCAUUCGAGAAGUACGCAGCUCAGCCAGUCGCACAAGUCCACGACCUUUUCAAGCUUAUAGUUGAUCUGUGCUCAGCAAAGAUGGAAAGCAAUUACGCGGGGUUUCUCUCAAUACCCUUUAGCUCAGCUGCAAAUGCCCCAGCAAGUCAUCUGUACUCAAAUCUCAGGGAUCUGGGUUUGUCGGGUUCUGAUGAUCAUCCCCAGAAAGCGGUUUAGUUAUCAUCUACUUCUGCUUAAUGUGUUGUAAGAGAAAACAAAUGAAUGAUCUAAUGAUCUUUACGUCUGCUUGUCUUGUCCUUUCUUCUACCCUUGUAAGAUAACCCCAAAAGUACAACUUAUCCGCACCUGUUUUAUUUUUGUGCAACAAUGAAAGAAUUUACGUCAAACUUGUAGGCCACUUUCUCUGUAAACUUGACAGGUGGUCUGCCAUGCGGCACAAGAGCCGAACCAUGGGAUGGAUUCUUCAAGAAGAUGGUUCAAAACCCUAGAGAAGGCCGGUCUGGAAACAGAGGUACUUUACUUUCUUCAUCACUUUCCCCUUUGUCUCAGCUGCUUCACAUUCCCUUGCACAGAACCCACCACCAACCAAAAUUUCUGUACCCUGUCCUCUCCUUUUGUCAUCAUGAAGUGGGGACGACAGAGUAACAUGGUGGUGGGAAGUAAAAACCAUGGCCUACUCGUUACCAUGUUGGUACUAGUUUUCUUUAGCCAGAAAUGUCUAGGCAGUAGGAAAGCCAACUGGGAUGUUGUACCUCCCGGUUGCAUGAACUGCACCAUCUGCCCUUAUGCCUGCCACCCUCUCAAUCCGCCGCCACCGUCGCUUGACUACCCAACCGGCGGAGUUCCACCGCCUCCGCCGGUGCUGCCUUAUCCUUCAGAUGUUGUGCCACCGCCACCACCACCACCACCACCAUUGAAUUGCACAACUGUACCAGUCCAGUGCUGUCAAUAUCCUACUAGUGGUACUACUCCGACCAUCACCCCUCCCGUUGGGUAUGGAUACCAGCCUGUUGAUAAUAACUCUGCUUCUCUUUCACCUGUCCACUUCAUUUCGGUUAUGGUAUUGUUGUUCUCCAUUGUUGCUCUGCUCUAGCUUCUUCAUCGAAGCUUUUCUUCAUUCCUGGUGUGGUUCAUCUGGAAAACGGAAGUACUAUCUAUCUAUCUAUUCUCUCCGCGGCUAAUAAAGUCCUUCAAGAGGGCGCGUAGAACUGUUCCAAUGCGUACACGUUUCUGCUGUAAUUGUAGAAGUAAUAAAGCGUCUAUUUCAGUGACUGAAUUCUGUAUUGUGUAAUUAUGUAUGCGUUGCAUAGUUGAUGGAGGUUGUGUCGGUGCGACUGGGUGGAUAUAUGAAUGUCUGUUGCAAGGUUGUCAACUUGCGGGUUGACCCGGACCCGGUCGAGCUAUUGGGUUAAGGGAUAACGGGUCACCCGUUUUAGUUCGGAAUUAUAUUGUACUUAUUUUGAUAAAUUAUAUCAAAUCUCAUCUAACAUAUGAGCAAUAACAUAUAACAUUACAUCAAAGUAACAUGUUGUACUUAGAUCGAACAUAUACUGAAAAUGUAUACACUUAUAUAAUAUCAAUAUUCAAAUGUUCAACUAAGGAUUCCAAAAAUUGAGUUAGGCGAAAAGAAAAAUCGGAAAAUAGGCGCUUUCCGCAAACCAAAGAAAAAAAUGACACAAUUUGACUUCCAACCUGAUACAUUGUAUCGGUCGAUCCAAUAAUUGCGUGUGGUCCGUUUUUCUCAUCGGGUCAGGGUCAAAUUGGGUCGACCCGUGGGGUUAACAACCUUGGUCUGCUGUAUUGGGUUAGUUUUGGCUCUUAGCCAUAUUGCUCUUAGGAAUCAUAGGAGUUUGCGAUUCAGGCUCAUAAUCCUACCGACGGGCACCAAGGAAGGAAGUUUCUCGAAAUGGUUCUUGGAGCAACGACAACCAAAUUGGUCACUUAAUUACGAAACUAUUCUCGAGUGGGUUUUUCUGUGGCCAAUUGAUGGUGUUAAGGGAGGGGUGUAAAUAACUAAAUAUGCAAGCUGGAGGUGGUAGUUGUGGAGUUGGUUCUUUGUUAGGAAAUUAAUGGAAGUGUUGCUGAAGUAGCAACAUUGCAACAUGUGACUACUAAAACAUGAAUGUUAGAGAUCGAUCAUUGUGGAAGGACACGGCUUUUGCUGUCCCCCCCGUUAUGUUAGUUAAACCCUUUUCUCGGCAGUUGGUAGCAUGAUCGAUCGGUCAUCAUGGCUAAUGCUUAAAUAUGAAAUGUUUGCUAAUUGACUUUAAAAAAAUAGAACAUGGCUUCCUAAUGGGUGUACCUUCAAGAGUUAUAAUAGUCUAAAAUCAAUUAACAGAUAGAUUGUGCUGUGCAGCCCAAUUGGGAAUUCUCAGGAUGGUAUUUGUUGAGUCGUCAAUAGGUAUGAUAUUGUUCCGUGUCUGAUGGAAGCGUCAAUUGUCAAAUACCCGAAGGGAUUUGUGGUGUAUUGUGUAAAACUAAUGCGUCAAAUAGCAAUUAUCCAUACUCUGCACGCAUUAUUGAGUCGAGUCUAAUUACACAUAUUUUAUCCCUCAUUUCUCGAUCGUUUGACUUGAUAAAUCAUCGUCUCUCAACCUAUUUUACGCUAGGUUGUGCUUCUUUUGUAUAUUUCAGGUCCUAGCACGUGUGGGAAGGUCGAGGACGAGUUUCGGGAAGAUUGGAGUUCGAAAAGUGCCAAAAAGUGAAGAAAAGACGAUUGUGACAAUUGCAUGUCGGGCGUGAAGAUAGGCCGAAACAGAGGGUUUCGUGCGCCUCGCGAGCUUAAAGGUUUUAAUGGUUGUCGGACCGUGAAAAUUUUCCACAGACCGUGAAGUCGGACAAAACUGACAACAGUCACUUGCGUUUUUGGUUGAGAUCACGACCGGGCUUCCGACAUCAUGGCUGUGAGCAGUGACCGUGAAAAUCGAUUGUCGAGCUGUCUAAAAAGACGGCAACGGGGAGAGAGAAAGUAGAGUUGGUUUUUGGAGGAUAAAUCAAUUCUCUCUCUAGGGUUUUGACCCAAAACACUAAAGGGGAGUUCUAGUGAGAGAGAGAGAGUUCUUGAGUGAUCUUGGAGUUUAAUUGAAGGCAUUGAUCAGGUUUGAAAGCAAGGAAUCAAACCUAGAAUAAGAUCUCGUGCUCCAAUUUGUAAUCUCUCUCUUCUCUCUCUAGAAAAUAUCCCUCUUCUCUUGGGUUUAAGAAUCCUACUAGGUCUAGGUUUUGGUUUUAUGUUGAUGUAUGUAACAAAUUCCAUGUUUGAUUGAUGAUUUUACAUUAUUGAUGGAUGUUUUAAUGAAUGGCAUGAGUUGGG